UGCCUUGUUGGGUUGCAAAACCGAACCAGAGAGUUAUAGAGGUGGUGCAGAUGACAGGACUGGAUGGCACAUAAGGAAGCACGGAAUCCAUGAAAACAUCUUCAAACACCUUAGGGCAGAACGAGGAUGUUCUUCCGCGUUAUGGCGCUAGAUGGCGCGCUACAGAGAAGCAACUCUGGCGCCUAGAAAGCAGGUACCGUCUAUAGAAGCUGCAGCAUAGCUAUUCAAGGGAAGGGAGCCAAGCUGAGAUUGAACGAGCUGAAACGAUAGAGAACUAUUGUGCUAGAGAGGAGAUGGAGGAGAGGAGAUGAAGGGCAGAGGAACUUCCGUCUCACCCACGGGAGGAGGAUGGCUGGCGGAGCCUCUUGUGCUGUUUCAAGGGGUGGAAGCGGCUCCUGGGAGAAAAAAAAGAUGCCAAGAAGAGCACUCUGGACAACAGAAUGAGAAGCUGCAUUAAAAUGCAAACCAAACCAUCAAUCAAAGUAUUUUACAUUUUCUCCAGAAAGUAUAAAAAACAUUUUGCCUUCCUCAGCAGAGACACAAAGGAGAGAAUAACAAGGAAUUAAGCUGGAAAAUAGAAUAUGUAGAACAUAAAAAGUCAAGGGGGAUAAUUUACACAUUCAGAAAAAGUAGGAAAUUGCUGGAAGUCGGUGGGAAGGAAAAAGUCCCUUUGAUGGCCAAAACUGGCAGGCAUUAACAAAAGCCUUUGUGGAAGGAAAGAGUGACUUGAACCAAACAAACACCAGGUAAGCGAUCAGAAACAUUGUUGGUCUCCUCAAGAAUCCAAGAAUACCAGUGUUGCAAAACCCCACAAACUGCCUAAUUGUGGGGAAAACAAGAUUACAGAUCCCAUCUGAUUUAUGCAUAAGUCGAUCAACCCAGUGAAAAGCCUUACAAAUGUUUGGAGUGCAGCAAAAGCUUUAUUGAGAACAGGUCGCUCAUGAUUCAUGGAAGGACUCCUACCGAAGAGAAAUUCUACCAGUGUGCCCCAUGUGGCAAAAAAAAAUUAGCAUGUAAACCAAUCUGGUGAGACACAAGAUGACUCACAAAGGAGAGGGACCAUAUGAGUGUCUGUAUUGUGGGAAAAGUUUCAGUCAAAAAUCCGACCUGGUAAUACAUCAGAAAAACCACACAGGAGAGAAACCAUAUGACUGUCCAGAUUGUGGGAAAAGUUUUCAGCACAAUUCCAAGCUAGUGAUACACCAGAGGGCUCACACGGGAGAGAAACCAUAUGAGUGUCUGUAUUGUGGGAAACGUUUCAGUCAGAAUUGUAACUUGGUGAAACACCAGAGGACUCACACAGGAGAAAAACCUUAUGAGUGUGUGGAUUGUGGGAAAAGUUUCAAACAGAAUUCCAACCGGCUUGUACACCAGAGAACUCACACAGGAGAGAAACCCUUUGAAUGUCCUGAUUGUGGGAAAAGUUUCAGUUAUAAUUCCAACCUUCUGAAGCAUCAGAGGUCUCACACUGGAGAUAAACCGUAUGAAUGUCCAGAUUGCGACAAAGAUUUCAAUUGGAACUCUGACUUGGUGAAACACCAGAAGACUCACACAGGAGAAAAACCAUAUGAGUGCCUGGAUUGUGGGAAAAGUUUCAGUCGGAAUUCCCACCUGGUGGAACACCAGAGAAUUCACACAAGAGAGAAACCAUAUGAGUGUCCUGAUUGUGGGAAAGGUUUCUCUCGGAAUUCCUAUCUAGUGGUACACCAGAGAAAUCAUACAGGAGAGAAAAUGUAUGAGUGUCAAGUGUGUGGGAAAAGUUUCAGUUGGAAGUCUGAACUGGUGAAGCACCAAAAGACUCACAAAGGGGAGAAACCAUUUCAGUGUCUGGAUUGUGGUAAAAGUUUCAAUUGGAAUUCUGCUCUGAUGAUACACCAGAGGACUCACACAGGAGAAAAACCCUAUGAGUGUCUCGAAUGUGGGAAAAGUUUCAUUCGAAAUUCCGACUUGAUGAUACACCAGAGGAUUCACACAGGAGAGAAACUGUAUGAGUGUCCGGAUUGUGGAAAAAGUUUCAGUCAGAAUUCUCACCUGGUUAUACACCAGAGGACUCACACGGGAGAGAAACCAUAUGACUGUAUGUAUUGUGGGAAAAGUUUCAGUCAUAAUUCCAACCGGAUGAAACACCAGAGGACUCACACAGGAGAAAAACCCUAUGAAUGUCUCGAGUGUGGGAAAAGUUUCAGUCAGAAUUCGUACCUGGUGAAGCACCAGAGAAUUCACACAGGAGAUAAACGAUAUGAGUGUCUGGAGUGUGGGAAAUGUUUCUAUCGGAAUUACGACUUGGUGAUACACUGGAGGACUCACACAGGGGAGAAACCAUAUGAGUGUCCAGAUUGUGGGAAAGAUUUCAGUAUUAGAUCUAACCUUAUAAACCAUGUUAGGUUACACACAGGGGAGAAGCCAUUCAAAUGCCCAGAUUGUGAACAGUGUUUCACACGGAACUCCUCUCUUAUUGCACACAAAAAAUUCCACGUGAGGGAAAAUUUGAUGUGUGUAGAGGAAUCUUGAACUUCGUUUCUCGUUUCUUAUUGGAAGCCCAGCUGAGAAAUUUAAUAAUUUCUUGCAUGAUUCUUUUUAGUCAAACGUGUCUUAGUAUCAAACAUGAGGAAGGAGAUGUGAGCUCCCAUUCUGACCCAGUACGGUGGUUCCCUUUCAUGGAGUUGAGACCUGCUGUGCUGGGCUAGAAAAAGUGAGCUUGGACCUGUAUUAGGUGUGUUUGUCAUCUAGUUAUUUCUACAUAUUGUAAAGGGGCAUAUAAAUAUGUAUGCAUGUAUUUAUUUUUAUUAAGAAAAUCUAUAUGGCAGCCCAACUCAUGCUGACUUGACACAAUUUUAAUUUUAAUACAGAAACCAAUAAACCCCUUAUAUUACAAAACACAAAACCUCCACAUUUAAUACGUAAAGGUUCCCCUCACACAUACGUGCUAGUCGUUCCUGACUCUAGGGGGUGGUGCUCAUCUCCGUUUCAAAGCCGAAGAGCCAGCGCUGUCCGAAGAUGUCUCCGUGGUCAUGUGGCUGGCAUAACUCAAUGCCAAAGGCGCAUGGAACACUGUUACCUUCCCACCAAAGGUGGCCCCUAUUUUUCUACUUGCAUUUUUUACAUGCUUUCGAACUGCUAGGUUUGCAGAAGCUAGGACAAGUAACAGGAGCUCACCCCGUUACACAGCACUAGGGAUUCAAACCGCUGAACUGCCGACCUUUCGAUUGACAAGCUCAGCAUCUUAGCCACUGAGCCACCAUGCUUCUUCCUGCUGGUCAAGGUCAGGCCAGUUCUGCAUCUCGAGAAGGACUGGUCAGUAAUGUCUCGAGAUGGGACGGUUGGCGAUUGGAGCAUGCGAUCGACUGAGGAGUGAGGGGAUGGUUUUGGGGUUUUUAAUUUACUGAGGUAAAACCCGGACCUCUCAGAUUCGGAUUUUCCCAGAUGUGCCAGUUUACCUAUCCUAGUCAAAAGAACUUUGAAAGAUGCGUGCUUUGGAGUUUUUACUUGGGGAGGGGGUUUUCUGGAACGCUGACAAUUUGUGCAGUAAAUGAAUCUGUGCAAAAGCCUCUCCCAGCCUCAAGCUGGAAGAGAACACCCAGGUUGUGCACCACUUCAGUCGAGCAAGCUGAUCACAUGACCCCAGGACACUGCAACCGUCACAAAUAUAAAUUUCCAAGCGUCUGAAUUUUGAUCAUGCGAUAAUGGAGAUGCUGCAAUGAUUGUAAAUGUGAAAAAUAUUCAUAAGUCACUUUUUUAAGAAUAGGGUAGAAUAAAGAAUAGAAUUCUUUAUUGGACAAGUGUGAUUGGACCCACAAGGAAUUUGUCUUUGGUGCAUACGCUCUCAGGGUACAUAAAAAGACAAGAUACAUUCGUCAAGAAUCAUAAGGUACAACACUUAAUGAUAUUCAUAGGCAGGGGUGAAAUGCUCCCAGUUCGGACCGGAUUGCCCGAUCUGGUAGU